AUGGCCGCGGCGCUCCUCCUCCUGCUGAUCCCGCCCGUCGGCCUACUCGCCAUCCUUGCCUUCCUCACGCGGCCCCACGCCGCGCGGAUACCAUUGAAAGGCCGCCACGUCUUCAUCACGGGCGGGUCCAGCGGCAUCGGGCUCGCCAUGGCCAGGGCCGCGGCGCGGGAGGGCGCGCGGGUCUCCAUCCUGUCCCGCAACCUCGCCCGCCUCGAGGAGGCGCGCGCCGCCAUCCAGCGCGACUCGGGCCGCGACGACGGCGUCAGCGUCGGCGUCCACGCGGCCGACGUGCGGGACGCCGGCGCCGUGGCGCGCGCGCUCGAGGAGGCCGGCCCCGUCGACGUGCUGGUCUGCAACCACGGCGUGUUCGUGUCGCAGGAGCUCGAGAGGCAGGACAUGGAUGAGAUCAGGUGGAUGGUGGACACCAACCUCAUGGGCACCAUCCACCUCGUCAAGGCCUCGCUCCCCGCCAUGAAGGCACGCGCCCGCGAGACGCGCCUCCCUGGCUCCAUCGCGAUCAUGUCCUCCCAGGCCGCCCAGGUUGGUAUCUAUGGUUACGCCGCGUACUCAGCGAGUAAGUUUGCUCUUCGGGGAUUGGGUGAGGCGUUGCAGCAUGAGAUCAUCGCGCACAACAUUCAUGUCUCGUUGAUAUUCCCUCCUGACACUGAGACUCCGGGGUUGGAAAAGGAGCUUAAGAGCAGGACAGAAUUGACAAACAUCAUAGCAGGAUCAUCUGGCGGAAUGAAGUCCGAUGACGUUGCCAAGAAGGCCCUGGAUGGCAUCAAAUCUGCAAAAUUCAUUGUCCCCUGCAAUUUCGAGGGCGAACUGUUAGCUGCGGCCACUGCUGGUUUAUCCCCGCAGAGCUCCCCGUUUAUGGCAUCCAUAGAGGUGAUAGGCGCUGGACUCUUGCGGUUCGCGGCAAUCUGUUUCCAGUGGAAUUGGUUCUCUACCAUAGAGAAGUAUCAUGCCAAGAACAAGAAGAGCGAAUGA